AUAGGAGAAGAAGUGUGUGGAAGUUUACAGUCGUGAGUUAUUUCGCACUCACUCACACACAUACAGUACACUCACUUUCUCACAGUCUUCAGGAUGAACCAUCCACUGCAUUUCACUCUCCUGCUCCUCUCUUUGGGAUUUCUGUACUGGACCACCACCAGUGCUGUUCUUAUGGACAAACUGGCAAACAGCAAAAUCUGUGCAGAUGAGGAGUGCUCAUAUGCUCUCUCUAUGGCUGUGGCUCUGGAUGACUUCAUCGCUCCUGACUGCAGAUUCAUCAACAUCAAGAAGGACCAGAUGAUCUAUGUGUACUCCAAACUCACACCAGAGGAGGGCACUGGAGUCUUCUGGUCUGGAAGUGUUUACAGUGAGCGUUAUGUGGACCAGAUGGGCAUCCUCGGCUACUUCCCCAGCAACCUGGUAAAGGAGACUACCAAGUUUAAGAAGGAUACUGAUACUGUGGAGAUCCCUACGGCCGACGUUGACUUCUACUGUUUCUGAUUCUCUGGAUGAUGUAGGUCUCUUUAUUGAUCAACUGUUUAGCUGUUUUUCUGGGAAUUACAAAGGAAAUAUGCGGAAGUAGAGAUCCUUAUGAUCUGCGGGGCAAGGUUUUUAUUAUUUCAAAGACUUUUCUUUUAUUUUGAUAUCGAAAAUGUUUCAAUAAAACCCCUUUCAUCCCAA